AUGAAUGGCUUUUUGAAUGUGUUUACAAAAUUGGAUGGAUUCUUUAUUUCUUUCAGCCCCUCAUUUGGGUUGACAGAAUAAAAAAUAUUUUAUAAAUCAGUUUGGGGUGGAAUGGCAACUAUAAUAAUCUUAACAUUUGUAUUUGUUUACUCAAUAAAUUAAUUCAUCAUAUGGGAAUCGGGUGAUAUGAUCUAUAAAGUUUCUACAUAAUAAAAAUUUAUAAGCGAAGGAAGUUAUUUAGAAUAAGCUUUCUUAAAAAGCGAUCCUCACUAAUUUGUUGAUAUAGAAUUUGACAGCUCGAUAAAUCCAUUUGAUAGCAAUUAAAUGAUUAUUAUCCCAUUGCUUUAUAUCUAUAAUGAAGAAACGAUCUAUCAGUUAGAUUAUUCAGAAGAUGGAUAAUUUAGAACUCUAAAUGUGGAUUUGAAUAAUUUACUUGAUAAUGCUUUUACAAUAGUUUUAGUUAAAUGCAUAGGUAAUGAAUAGUAUAUAUCUGAAACUUAAAAAUGUGCAAGCUAAUAAUAGAGUGAGGAAUUCUUUAAUUAAAGCAGUUUAUUACCAAUUAUUACAAUUUAUAAUGAAGAAUUUGAUUAUUAAACAAAAACUUACUAUUAACUUGAAACAUAUAUUGAAUUACCACUGGAUCCAAUUCUAACGAGUGAGAUACAGAUUUAUACAAAAUAUGAAAUAAUGGAAAUAAAUUAUGGAUACUUAUUUUAAUCAUCUGAAGAGUAUAUAAUAAACAAUGGAUGUACUUCUUAAAUUUACACUUAUACUAAAGAUUAUUAUAAUAAAUUUUCAUAGAAAAUUUUCGGUAUUCAAGAAGUUAUAGGUGUAGUUAGAUUAGAAAUGGAUUCUUCAAUUUUUUAUGUUAGAAAUUAAUAUCCAACCAUAAGCGAAGUUUUGGCUAACAUUGGUUCAAUAAUUUAAACAAUAUUAUUGAGUAGAUACUUUUUCUAUGCUUUUAAUAGAAACUAAUUAAAAUCUUAUAUGAAAUCUUUGAUAUUGACUAACUAUUAUCCUGAAUGGAAAGAUAUUAACAAAAUCAAAAACAAUUAAAAAAAAACUUGUGUCUUAGAUGAUAGGAACAUAAAUAAUACAAGUGUUUAGAAAUUUGAGAAAGAAGUUAAUGAGAUGUUAAAUCUUAAAUUUGACUUUAUUAAUUUAAUAUACGAAAUAAAUCAAAUGUAAAAGAUUUUAUAAUUAAUUUCACCACCUGAUAUAUUAUUGAAUAUUCAUUCAAAUUAAUCCAAAUUAUAAUUUUUAGCGGAUCAAGAUUCAAAUAAUUUUAGUAUUAAAAAUACAUGGUCUUCAUUUAAGGAUUAUACAGAUGCAAUUUACUAAAACCAUUUGGAUCCAUUUUUAUUUAGUUUUCAUUGGAAAACAAAGAAUAAGAAUAGUAGUUUUUAUAAGAUGUCGUCUGGCGAAAAUAAAUAAAUAUAAAAAUAAUAUGAACCUACUUAAAAACAGGAUAAUGAAAUUUAAGUUGAUAAUGAAUUAAAAUUUUAAGAUAUUAAAAUUUGUACUGAGAAUAAUGAUUAAUUAUCCAUAAUUGAAUAGUAAAAUUAGAAAUGA